AUGGCUUCUUCAAAUACUGACACGCUGCUGCUGACAUUGACAGGGACACAACGACCAUCUUGGCCCGUAGCAUGCUCUCGGAUCGGCCCGCGAUUACCAGAAAUCUGCCCGGAGAUACCGCGACUCCCGAAUCCGCCAAGCCAGGUCAGAUACAAAACUUGCCAUCAACUCCCUCGCCCUCAAUGGAUCAGUAAACACGCCCGUCUGACGGAAUCUCGAUUCAUUUACACUGGAGUGACUGGCGUAUUGGACUUUUGGGUUUUCAUUGGAAAGCAUUUGACUGGUCACGGGAUCCCAUCUGGAUCGGCAAGACUUCUUGAAACCCAUCAUCACUCGAGAGUGUUGAUCAGUAUGACCACCAAAAUCUCAUCAAAAUCUCGGACCCUCACCGACCACAUUCAUCGUCUACCUCGAGAACUAUUCGACAUCAUCUACACGAAGACCAUCACAAGUCCCCCGUCAGCUUCACAUAUUCAGCCUGAAACGUAUUGUCCUCCCAGUCUACUUCAAACGGAUCGCCAAACCAGAGCAAAGUUCGCAGAAUCAUAUUUCAGCAAUACCUCUUUCAUCAUCUCUUCGGAGGAAAUGCUCACGCGCUGGCUAAUGUCCCUGGACCCGAAGCAUCGGGCCAUGGUCAAGGAUAUCAGAUGUGUGCUGUGGAAUGAGUCGAUUCCAGAGAAAGGCAGUAUCAGGGCUUACGAGCAUCGCAUUGAGGGUUUUAAUGCGAAGCUCAGGAUUGAGUGGAUGUUUGAGAAGGAAAUCGCGGGAGUGGUGAAUUGGUUGUAUGAAGAGGAUCUGAAGGCGUCAUUCUUGUUGAAAGCCGAGAAGUGGUAUUGCCAACAGAAGCGCAAGCGAGAGCUAGGCGUGGUCAUUCUCUCUCAGCCUAACACGCCGGUCUCGAACGGCUGGAGUCUGAGGCUGAAGACUGAGAUCUCUGCGAAAUCACGCCGGCGAUGUGAUCGGUCAAGGUCCAGCAUUACAUCCCUGCCAAACGACUGCCACUGCCUCUGCUUCCAGGACAAACGCGACCACCUCCCUCACCUUUCACAGGCCUGA